UCGCAGCGAGGAGCCCUGGGUUCCCAGUGGCCUAGGGCGAGGGCAGGUUUCGCUCUACAGCAAGCCGGUCCACACUCUCUUCCCUCAGCCCCGCAGUCAGGGAAGCCAAGGUUUCAAUUUCCACCCUCUCCUCCAGCUGUCUAGACCACCACCUGGUUGACAGAAGGCAGCUCACCUUUGAGCUGUACCAGCUCGGAAGGUGGUGGUGGCUUUAAAAAAAAAAAAAAAAAAAUCCCUUGUUAAGGGGAGUGGGUUUGGCGGGGAAGCGGGUGGGAAAGGAUGAGAAACUUCGUUUUUCUUCUCUGCUUCUGGAGCAUCUAUUGUUGCUUUGGGGCGGGAAGCCCCACACCCUUUGGUCCCGAGGGACAGCCGGAAGAUGAGCUUCACAAACCCAGGGAAGUACAGGCUGCAGCCAAACCCUCCGUGCAUUUUAACUUCAGAACUUCUAAGGACCCAGAGCAUGAAGGAUGCUACCUCUCCAUUGGCCACAACCAGCAACUAGAAGACUGUGGCUUCAACAUGACAGCCAAAACCUUUUUCGUCAUUCAUGGAUGGACGAUGGGUGGCAUGCUUCAUAACUGGCUGUUCAAACUUGUGUCAGCCCUGCAGACAAGAGAGAAAGAUGCCAAUGUAGUAGUGGUGGACUGGCUGCCCCUGGCUCACCAGCUGUACACAGAUGCGGUCAAUAACUCCAGGGUGGUGGGGCACAGUGUGGCAAGGAUGCUUGACUGGCUGCAGGAAAAGGAUGGUUUUUCUCUGGCGAACGUUCACUUGAUUGGCUACAGCCUUGGAGCACAUGUGGCCGGAUAUGCCGGCAACUUCGUGAAAGGAACUGUGGGCAGAAUCACAGGUCUGGAUCCUGCUGGGCCCAUGUUUGAAGGGGUGGACAUCAACAAGAGGCUGUCCCCUGAUGAUGCAGACUUUGUGGAUGUCCUGCACACCUACACACGGUCCUUUGGCUUGAGCAUUGGGAUUCAGAUGCCUGUAGGCCACAUUGAUAUCUACCCCAAUGGUGGUGACUUCCAGCCAGGCUGUGGCUUCAAUGAUGUCCUGGGAUCAAUUGCAUAUGGAACAAUCACAGAGGUGUUAAAAUGUGAGCAUGAACGAGCCAUAGACCUCUUUAUUGAUUCCCUGGUGAAUCAGGACAAGCCAAGUUUUGCCUUCCAGUGCACGGACUCCAAGCGCUUCAAAAAGGGGAUCUGUCUUAGCUGCAGGAAGAAUCGUUGUAAUAGCAUUGGCUACAACACUAAGAAAAUGAGAAACAAGAGGAACACCAAAAUGUACCUAAAAACCCGGGCAGGCAUGCCUUUCAGAGUGUAUCACUAUCAGAUGAAAAUCCACAUCUUCAGUUACAAGAACAGGGGGAAAGUCGAGCCAACCUUUUACAUCACCCUUUAUGGUACUAAUGCAGACUCCCAGACUCUGCCUUUGGAAAUAGUGGAGCAGAUUGGGCUGAAUGCCACCAACACCUUCUUGGUCUACACCGAAGAGGACUUGGGUGACCUCCUGAAAAUCAAACUCACGUGGGAGAGGACGUCACAGUCCUGGUACAACCUCUGGAAGGAGCUUCGCAGCUACCUGUCUCAACCCAGCGGCUCUGCUCGGGAACUGCACAUCCGGCGCAUUCGUGUCAAGUCUGGCGAGACCCAGCAGAAAUUGACUUUUUGUGCAGAAGACCCUGAGAACAACAGCAUUUCUCCUGGCCAAGAACUCUGGUUUCACAAGUGUCGGGAUGGUUGGAGAAUGAAAACUGAAAGCAGGGCCACUAUGGAGCUUGCCUGAGGCAUGCACCUUAACCCCGCUGCCCACACACAUGGAGGAAAGUUAUGGCUGAGGAACCGCUUGAAGAAAGACCCCUCUCAGCUUGAUCCUGGAGCCCCUGAGAACUUGCUUGUCUGGCCCACCUUUGUCGCCUAUGAUGAUUGUGGCUUUUGACUGGACAGGCCAGCUGCGUACUGCUGAAGUUCCAGCUCUGUUCAAGACAAAUUAUCUCUGUUUACACCUCUGGAGUUGAGAUUGAUUUGUGUGUCAGCAGUGAGAUGUCCAGGGUUCCCCCAUGCACUUGGCAGUUCUUCUGUUUGCAGGUUGAGCCUGGGCUCUGCAUGACAGAGAAUACUGGCUGUGAAGCAGCUUUGCAUAGUAGGCCACUCAUCCUGACUUGAGUCUCAGCAUGAAGUCUUUCUCUCAGGAGCUGACUCAUAUCAGGCUGGCAGGCGUGUUACCUCACUGGCUGAGAGAGGGGUCAUUAGAUCAGGCUGGUGCUGAGGCCCUCUGUGGGAGUUCCCAUGGGCUGCUCUGAUCCAUACUGUUUAUAUUUCAUGGAUGUUCCAUCCUGCUCCACACCUCACCCUCUGAAGCACACAUCAUUGGCUUUCUCUGCUAUUAUUCAUAUUUUGAUCAAAUAAGUGUUUAUUGGGCACUUAAAAUUAGUUAGCAUGUGGCAGUGGACACAGUACUCAACCUCACCAUUUGGAACCUGAAUAGGGUUGGGGUUCUUAGAAUCCCCUCCAGUAUUUGAAAGGAAUGUAUGUAUAUGUGGUGAAAAACAGGAGGGAUACAGGGCCGGGGUGGGGGAAACUACAGGCUCCUGCAGUUGGAAAUCUUGUGGUUUUACGUGGCUCCUACCUAUUUCUUCUUCAUUAUCAAGUGCUAUUUCCUCCAAGAAUGACAUGUUUAAAAUCACCAGCAGAAUGUCAAGAAGAAUGUCAUACACUGAGGACACAAUGGUAACUAAUUGCUAGAUAUGAUUGCUUUGGAGCAAAAUCUCCUCUGUUUAGGAGCUAGGAGAUAGUACAUGUGUUCUAUAAACCUACUUAUGCAUAACCAGUACCCGUCAAGAGUGCUAGCUCUAGAUUUAAUACAGCGCUCUUUUCUUCCUUGAUAUAUCUUGUUUUCAUACUAGUACCUUUUCUGUGUUGGACUUCUUGGAAAAGCCUCCAAUUGUAGACCUGGAUUUGAAUUAGUAAACAUGAUAUCUAAGGCAUCAUUUUAUACUUUUCAUGUAUGUGACCUAAGUAGAGUGAGAUGAUCAGGACCACAGUCAUCAUUCUUACUUUACAAAACUGAGGCUUAGUGAGAUUCACUCACAUGCCUGGAGUUAUAUACUGAAUUGGUGGUGGAACCAGGCUUGGGAUCCAGAUUUCCUGGAGGCCAAGUUCACAGUACACUCAUGUUUCAAACUUCAUGAAGACAUCCAUGGCUGUUUCCUACCAGUACGCCCAGAUAUAAUAAACAAGGGAUUUUUUUCUCCAAUCCAUCCAUAAAAUCCUAAGCCCUUUUAUUAAUAUACAACCAGGAGAAAACCUGUGCCAAAGGGUUGGGUUUUUUUAUGGGUGAGAUUUAUUUGGGAGGAUGUAUAAUAUCAGGUAGAGAAGAGAGUGAGUUUCUCUGUACUUAGGUUUUUAAAAGACACUGUUUCAAUCUGUGUUGUGCCAAAGUUAUAUCACUAUUUAAUGCCAAACUUCUGAAGACAUAACCAGUCAAGUCUUAAUUCAAAGUAUGCUUUUAAUCUGUUUGUGUGCUUCUGUGAUUGCUUUCUAGCCAAAGCGAAACUUGUAUUACUGGCCAUAUAUCCUGGUACAUAUGACUUCUGUUUUUUGAAACUUUGGGAACUGAAUCUUCAAUGGGUUGUGUAUUUAUGCAUUUGACUUGAAGCCUUAUUUGUAUAUAUGAUGCUUUUUUAAAUGCUACUUAAAGCACUAUUUAUUUCUCAAGUGUAUAUAAUAUAUAAAGAAAAAUAUAUGGUUACUUUUUACCUUAAGAUUAACCAAUGUCAAGAUUUAAAAAUUUUAAUAAUAAAAUAAUAAAAAAACUACAAAAUUCUUAAUGGUCCAACAACUCAGUUCUUAAGCUUUGAAAGAAUUAUGGCUGCCAAAUUCCAUGGGUUUGUAAAAAAAAAAAAAAAAUAAUAAAAAACACCAAAAAACCAAAAGAAAAACCA